GGACGCGCUUCGAGGCGGAGGACGAGGAGGUGGCGGUAGUUGGGGUGGCAGCAGCGGCGGCGGUAUCAGCGAGGAGGCGGCGGCGGCGAUAGGGGAGCCUUGAACCCGGCGGCAUGGCAGAUCAGGCGACCGGCGGAGGGAACUGCGGGACAAAUGUGGACGAGCUCCAGCGGCGCGUCCGCGAGCUGGAGGAGAGCCAGGCGGCGCUUCUUAAGGAGAAGCAGCAGCUGGAGACCGACUUCAGCCAGAAGAGAGCCAAGUUCAAGGAGCUGUACCUCGCCAAGGAAGAUGAACUGAAGCACAGCCAAGCACAGCUGACGACCGCGCAGGAGGAGGUGGAGAACAUCAAAGCGGUCGCCACGGUGACGGAGAGCACCAAACAGGAGGCGCUGGACCACGUCCGCGGACAGUGGCAGGAGGAGGUGGCCUCGCUGCAAGCCGCCAUGAAGGAGACACUGGGAGACUACGAGAUGCAGUGGCACGCGAAGCUGGAUUCGGAGCGAGCGUCGUGGGCGCAGCACCGAGAGAGCUGGGAGCGCGAGCUGGCGGACCUCCGUCGGCAGCUGGCUGAGAGCACCCAGGAGGAGAACCUGGAGACGGAAAUGAAGAAGGCGCAGGAGGAUGCGGAGAAGCUGCGCUCGGUCGUCAUGCCGAUGGAGCAGGAGAUCUCGAGCCUUAAGUCGCGACUGACAGCCGCCCAGGAGCACGCGCGUCAGCUCGAAGACUCGCGGGUAUCGCAGACAGCGUCGCAGGCGGAGGAGGCCGAAUCUCGCGAGGAACUGGGCGAUAAGGUGAAGGAGCUGAACCAUUACUUGGAGACGGAGAAGGCGUGCCGCACCGACCUGGAGAUGUACGUGGCCGUACUCAACACGCAGAAGACCGUUCUGCAGGAGGACGCCGAGAGGCUGCGUCGCGAGCUGCACGAGGUGUGCCGUCUCCUGGAGCUGGAGAAGCAGCAGCAUGCGCAGCUCAAGCAGACGUGGCACCGUGCCAACGACCAGUUCCUGGAGAGCCAGCGUGCGCUGGUGCGUGACGCACGGCGUCUGCAGGCGGUGCUCACCGCAGAGCAGCUGCGGCAGGUGGAGGUGCGCCGGCGCAAGGAGCAGGUGGAGGAGAAGAGGGAGCAGGAGAAGAGGCAGAAAGUUAAAGCUGCUGCGGCGAGCGUCACCAAUGAAUCCCACCCAAAGUCCAGCCUCUCUGCUUCUGUGGAUGACGUGCGAACGCCGCUGCCGCAGUCCACGAGCCCGGGCAGCGACGGCUUGCGGCGCGUGCAGUCGUCCGACAGUCUGGGGGCGAGGGUGGUCGUGGAAGGGUCAGAGGCCAGGGAACACGCGUUGCCACCCCCGGACCCAAACGGCGCCCAGGCCGCCCUUCCCCACGAGCAUCUGACGGCGGCGGAGAAAUCGGGCUCCGACAGCAACCUCGACGAGAUGGACUUUGGCCCCAUGGUGAGCGCCGACCUGGACCUCGAAGGCUUCGACACUUCGUCCGUCACGUCCGAGCUGUCCAACUUCAUCCCGGACGGCGCUCACUCGAUGAUGUCGAUGGCGCCGCACGCGGAAGCCCUGGGUGCCAGUUCGGUUGACGGGGGCGCUGCCGUGGUGCAGGGGCCCGCAGGGUUCAUGCUGACGAGGGCGCAGGAGCUGUCCAUCAAGGCCCGCACGCCCGAACAGGAGGAGACCGCCUCGCUGCUCUCCACCGUCACCAUGGUCUCCACGGAGACACUGUGCGCUCUGCCUGAUGGGUACCGGUUGGUCAGCGAGCGGGAAUGGGACCUUUUGCAAGAGGAGGUGCAGAAAGCGGCGAGCAAUUUUGGGCGCCCGUGUGACAUGUGCUCCAACUAUGAGCAGCAGCUCCAGACCAUACAGGCGCAGGAGGCCGACACCAGGGACCAGUUGAAGAGACUGCACACCAUGCUGCGCCAGGCCAACGAGCAACUGGAGAAGGUGGGCAAAGAGCGCGACGAGCUGGAGGACGCGUCUCGCCGCUCCGCAGAGGAUUGUGCGCAGCAGAUCGUUGCGCUCACGGAGCAGUGCCGCACGGCGGAGGCUCUGCUACAGGAGCUGCAGCAGAAGUUUGUGGAAACUCAGCAGAAGGCCUUGGAGCAGCUGGCGGUGCUGGCGAGGUCGCGCGAGCAGGUGGCCGAGGAGCUGCGGCGGCUGCAGGCGGACAACGACAGCCUGCAAGGCAAGCACUCGGUGCACCAGUCCCUGCUGCAGGCCGAGGGCUUCGUCAUGCCGUCCGUGGUGCAGGAGCUGCAGGCGCUGGUGUCGCAGUACCGGCGGGACGUGGUGGCGGUGCGCACGGCGUGCGAGCAUGCGGAGGAGCGGCUCCACGCAGAGAUCCUCUUUCUGCGCGAGCAGCUGACGGCCGAGCAGGGCACCAAGGACAACCUGGAGUCGACACUACAGCUCGAGAUCGACACCUACAAGGAGGAGAUCGCCUCCAUCACAAGCAUCCGUACCGAGGUGGAACGACUAAAGAGCUUGAAGGAGGAGCUAGAGAAGUCCGUGCAGGAGAAGAGCCAGCAGCUGGAGCGGCUUGAGCAGGCGCGGCGACAGCUGGAGGGGCAGCAUCGCGAGGAGCACGCGCAGAGGCUCAAGCUGGAGGAAGUGGUCCGAGAGGAGAAGAGCAAGACCCAGCGAUUGCAGAAUGAGCUGGACACGAGCGAGCAGGUGCAGAGGGACUUUGUGAAGCUCUCCCAAACACUACAGGUGCAACUCGAACGGAUCCGUCAGAUGGAGUCAAUGGAGCAGGUUCGCGAGAUCCUAAACAGCACUGAUCUGUCGGACGUUAGCCAGCUCCCCGACACGUGACGCUGUGCUCGCACCCCUCCCGUCCAGCGCCUCCGCUCCGGCUCGUGAACCCGGCCCUCCCGUGGUGGCGGCGUGAGUCUCCGAAAAGAUGAAUCUCGGCGAAGCAACCGGACUUGGGUGGUUCCCCACUCGCCGAUGACCUGGACUGCAAUGGGACCUUGUUGUUGCGCGAGUGGGCGGGCGGGCGGGCGGGCAAUAUGGAGGAGCCCGAGUCACCGACCCCUGCACGCACUUACACUAGACUGACCGUGCCGGUUCUGCCACUCAAGUCGUCCCCAUUAAGGUCGGAGGGGUCAAAGAAACCCGACGACAAAAUUCUCGCCUUGGCAGUUUGUGGCGGUGACGUUGGGAGCACAGGCCCGAGAGCGCUGCACCCAUUCUCUGCGUGUGGUUUCCCCUCUUCGGCCCACCUGCCUUGGCCCCUCUUAAAUACAUUUUCCUUACCUCGUGACAUUAUUGGGAGUAGUGCGUGGGAAGGAUGGUAAAACUGCAAUGUAAUUUAUUUAACUCUAAUGAUGUGUUGACGCGUAAAACUGAUUGCUCUUCCGCUCCAUCGCCGAAGCCAACGCACUCCGGCUCCGUCUCGUCUUAAUCCGGCCACGAAGUCAGCGUCGUGACAUCGCCCCGGUGCGCACGUGUGCGGCAACGUUUGUUCCACUGAGCAGCGUUUUCGGUGAAUGUGAAGCUCAUCCUAACGAUGCUGCCGUUCUUGUGCAAUUCGGACGGUUUUCCUCGACUAUGCGGUGCCCCAGUACAUCCGUGUUCCCUGGUGUAGAUACUGAUUGUUGCAUUUGUGGGGUUUUUGAUGGAAUGGCAUUGACAGCACUGUUAAGAGUCACUUCACCCUAUUGGGCUAAAGGCCACAGGCACUUAACACAUGGGCAUGGUGGCGGUCGAAACGUUUGGAAGAUGAGAAAGUGAGCUUCACCGAUUCUAACGUUCAGCUAAAUUUAAAGCUCCGUAUUCAUGUAACAAUCGCACAGUUCUGCAUGACCAUGAAGAGGAGCGUCUACAGGGAAAUAUGUAGUAAUAAGUGCACACAAUAUCACACAAGGGGUUGUACAAAGGUUUUAAAUGCAGGGCACUGGACGCAUUCACCGACUACUCAUGAUUUAAUAAAGUAGCCCCAAGCCUCGUCGCUUGUUCUGUAAUGUGAUUCACACGCACGAGCUUAGCACAAAUGCAAGAAGGCGAUUAAUAAUAUUGUCAGUUUGCCGUUUUCUAACCGCCUUGACCGCCCUUCGUGGGUCCCGUGCUGUUAAGAGGGGGGAGUAGGGGAAGCCGUGUGUAGGGGGUCAGGUCUUGACCCUUUCGACAGGCGAUUGUGUAACCCAUGGAUGCCCUCCCCCACUGCACAUGCUCCCGUGCCCCCCAGGGAGAAAUCUGACAAGUUACAUUCAGAUAACCCAUGUUUUGCUGAAUUGGUACUGAAAUAUGUAAAAAUGGUAUCUGUAAGUGUCCUGUAGUCCUCGCAAGAAAAAUAAACAUAUACCACACAAUGCAUGUUGGGUCAUCGCAGUGCCGAAAACUGGCAGUGAUGAGUAUGUGCAACUCAUGUCACAGGUUCACGCCGAUGAUGGAAAUGAUUGUUUAAUCUCCUCUUGUUGCUAAUGAAGGCAUCUGCACAUUUUAUCCAAAAUCAACAUUCAACUAAACGCCACGUUCACCAACGCUUGAUUUUGGGAACCUUUUACCCUACCAUUGGUUUUCUAUCAAUAAAACAUUUAUGGAAUC